UGUCGCACCUGGCAAUCGUUUCUUUCGCCUUCAAAAUCUUCUUGAAUAACGCGCCACGAAAAGAUUAAUAUAUGCAAUAUGUCGGACAUUUUUUGGUCGACGCAUUUAUUGGAUCUGUUCAAAGGUAUACAGACGGUGUGUGUGAACGACCGAACGACGAGGAUGAUGCGCGUUUUGCGGCUUUGACGGCGGUUGCUGUUCGCUGAACGAACGUAAGAAGAAAAGAGAAAGUAAGACAAGAGAGAACAGGAUAGAAAGAGGAUGGUAGAUCGGAUACGAGAAGACAACGAAGGGAAUAGUCAAUGCAGGGCCGUACGAGAGAAUAGAAUAAAAAUGAAGUGGAAGAAAAAUAAAAGGGAUAGGAAAAAGGAGGAGAUUCGAAAGAAGGAAGGUUCUCGAGAUCAAAACGUUCGUGAGAAAAGGUUACUCAGAUCUUCCCCUCCGCAUAGCAAAUAUAUACACGGCAGCGAGCUUUCGCAUUUUCUUUGCACGUGAUAUUAUGAACAAUGCGUUUUCUCACGAUAAUCACCUCAUAGAUUUGCCGUUUAGCGCUUUACCACGCUACAGAAGAUAUAUACGUGCAAGAUGCACCAAGUCCCUUGUCGACCUUGUUUCCUGUCUCUGCAUCAACAUUGUAUAAGAUACAAUGAAAAGGGUAAAGGAGUCGAAGGUCCGCCGUAUCUACAUACAGUCCUGUGCGAAGAGUGGGGUAGCGCGCUCAGUGGCAAAGAGUGGGGGUUUCGAGGGUGCCGCUUGGUACUGUUGGUGCGCGCUGGAGCAGUGUCAGUCGGGAUGUGCGAUGAGGAGGGUUUCGCGAAUAUUUGUUCUGUCCCCGCUCGUUUCUUCCCUAUCUCUUCUCCCUCGUUAAUUCGACUGAUCACGUCGACUCUAUUCCUCUCGGUCGUUCGACCUUCGAUCGAGAGAGAAAGAUAAAGAAAGGAAAAAGGGAAGAGAAAGGAGUACUUAUCGUCGAGGGCAGACGAGACGCUCGAUACGUCGUGUCUCUUCGGCGCGCGGCUUGCCGACGACGAGACGACAAGAAGCGCCCUUUAUCGAGCGAUCUUUUCUCUCGCGUGCACGUGUCCUGAAACAAGGGAAAGGAGAGGAGACGUAAAGAGGAAGGAAAAAAGUCUCGACUCUCGACGAAGGAAGAGGAAAGAAGAAUAAUAAAAAAAGAAGACUUCGAAUGUAGGGAUAGAGGGCUGAAAGGGCUUCGCGAAAAAUGCCAGCGGCUCACGAGGCGAGUAAACGUGCAGAGUUUGAAGCGGACGAGGAAGAAGGUGCAGGAGGAGAACGACUACGAGAGGAGAAGAGGCAGCAGGAGCAGAACCGGGGCCAUCGGCCCUCGGGGUGCACCACCUCUUCUUAACGCUGCGGUGUGCCUGCGAACGAAGCAACGUGCACGUAUGAGCCUAUGAUCAUAAAUUUCUUUCGCUUCGUUCUCAUCCUUAGCUAAGGGCACUAGCGAGAAGUACGGAGAUUUUACAGAUUGAUAAUAAAAAAGAAAGAGUAUAAGGAGCUUGUAAGUGUGAACGCGAUCGAACACAAUGUAACUGUUCCAUUUACACUUCGUUCAUCUUGAUUGUGUUUAAACUUAGGAAGCACCGACAGCAAGAUAGUGCCUCUUAUCUUUCUUAUUAUCGUUGAUACGAUCCUAGGUGACAACAGAAUCGUUGUUUGUUGUUAUUUGUUGUUGUUAUUGUUAUUAUUGUGAAAGAAAGAAAGAGAGAGAGAGAGAGAAAGAGAGAGAGAGAUGCCAGCAUUACCGAGUACGAUCGAGUCGCGGCACGUCAACGACAUGACGCCACCUCCGAUGAUUGCUUCCUCACCGUCUUCCUCAACAUCCUCUUCAGCAUCGUCCUCGACAUCGUCACCACCGGCACCAAGAAUGACAAGUCCUCCGAAUGUUACUACGCCGACGUGUUAUCUCCCGGAAUCGAGAUUGAUCUCUAGAUCAAUUAUUUCUACUAGAUAUCCAGAAGAAAUUGAGGAAAUCGCGAGAAGUAAUUCAGGGUCGACAGGUAGCACUGGUAGCAGUAAGUCUGCCGAUGCUAGACCAAGACAAAAUCUUUCGAAAAGCUCCGCUUCUUUGCGGAGUCUCGUUCGAAGAAAGAGUCGACGGCAAACUGGUGGUGGUACUACCGUAAUUGGGGGAUCUUCUAUCAUCGAGUCCAACAAUGAUUCUCGACAUUCUCGUCAUCAAGGUUCUGAAGAUGGACUUCAUCGAAGACGAGAAAGUACAGGAGGAGAAGAAGAGACAACGAUGUACACGAGUGGAAGGUCCUCUGCUCGAAGAGCUUCUUCUGUAGUUAAAGGAACAACGGUAGCAGGAGUAGUUGGAGGCCAGGAUAACAACAAUAUUGGCCAAGAUGCUUCCUCAUCCAUUAGCAACGUUGUCUUCGUUGCUCCCACUGUGGUCUCAAAUGCCAACAGGUUCGUUCGAACCACCUCAUCGUCUCUCGUACGUGCAACCAGCGUGCCUACCACUCCUGGACCAUCGACUUCAAACUCGUCCUCGCAUUGGAACAACUCGAGCGAACAGGAGACCGAUUACGUUGUCGAUCCUGUUCAAGGGAAAGCAUACUACAAGGGACAAUUUCUUGGAAGAGGUGGCUUUGCUCGGGUCUACCUGAUGACCGACGUCAGUGAUGGAAAUCAAUACGCUUGCAAGAUAAUCCCGAAAAAUCGGAUGCAGAAAAUCCACAUGCAAAAGAUUGCACGCGAGAUCAUAAUCCAUAAAGAAUUGAAUCAUGUGAACGUUGUACAGAUGCAUCAUUACUUCGAGGACAACCUAAACGUAUAUAUGCUGUUGGAAGCCUGUCCGCGAAAGAGCCUAAUGCACGUAUUGAAGUACCGUGGUAAAGUCACGGAGCCGGAAGCACGGUAUUACAUGAAACAAAUGGUGACCGGUGUGGCGUAUAUCCACUCGCAGAAGGUCGUCCAUCGCGAUCUGAAGCCAGGCAACAUGUUCCUUUCGGAUCGCAUGAUCGUCAAAAUUGGAGACUUUGGCUUGGCGACAAGACCCGAUGGUCAACGUAGACGUGUGACCAUAUGUGGUACACCAAAUUAUAUUGCACCGGAAGUUUUGUAUAAACAAGCAUACAGCUACGAGGCGGAUGUUUGGGCAUUGGGUUGCAUCCUUUAUGCAUUGCUAGUCGGGCAGCCACCCUUCGACACGGCGACAUUAAAGGAAACCUACGCGAGGAUAUGUAAAAAUGAUUAUCGCGAGGUCGACGACUCGAUAGCAAGUCGGAGCGGUCAGAAUCUCAUAAACUGGUUGCUACAACCGGAUCCAGAGUUGCGACCGUCCUCGGAAAGGGUGAAGGAGCACCCGUAUCUCACGAAGGAAUACAUACCACCUUCUUUACCCCACACUUGUUGCUACCAAAUGCCGCACGCAACGAUACUCGAACCGGCUUCUUCGUCGCCUUCUUCGGUCUCAACUGCUUCCAGAAAUCAGGAACUUGGAAAAGCUCAGGCUUGGCAAAGCUUAGACCAUCCAGAUAUUUCUCCACGUUCUCAACAACGAGCAACAAUGCCAAAUACACAGCAACCAGCGCAAAAUCAACAAUUGCUUGAACGAUCUCAAAAGAAUAUACAAAAAGAUUCGAAAGUAUCCAAUUGGUUGGUACGAAAAUUACCAAAAUUACCAAGAUUCAAGCAACGACUUAGUAGCGUACUCUGUCCCGAUCAUAAGAAAACUAGUCUCCUUGCGCAAAGUGUUCAGAUGCAUCGUGCAUUGGAGAGUUGUGUUUCCGAGAUGAAACGUAACAAUCUGCAACAGAAUCCCCCAGGGGUCGAAGAUAUCGUGCCUCUUUUCGUUACUAAGUGGAUAGACUACUCCAACAAAUACGGCUUAGGUUUCCAACUCUCAGACAAAUCCGUUGGUGUAUUGUUCAAUGACAACACGAAGAUCAGUUAUACUCAUGACAGGAGAAGAGUCGAAUACAUGACGAUCGACGACGAAGUGACGAGAUAUCACAGAGAAAGGGAUAUACCGGUGCCUUUACAGAAAAAGCUCGAGUUGCUCCAUCACUUUACUCAAUACAUGGACGAAUUUUUAACAGAAGGAGGUGAAAUCAAGAAAUAUCGGACAACGGUGAAACAGUCGAAGAACGCGUACGUUCCACGUAUGAGACGGUGGCUUAGAACAGACAAGGCGAUCGUAAUGGAAUUAACGGUGCCAUUACUCCAAGUAAACUUUUUCGUUGACCAUACGAAAAUAAUAGUAUCUCAGGAAACUGGCAAAGGAUAUCUCAUCACCUACAUCGACACCGGUAGACACGUUUCAUCUUACUGGUUAAACGAUCUUCGUGAUUUCGGCUGUACUGCUGAUCUCUAUGAGCGACUUUAUUACGUUUGCAAGGUGACUCGAGAAUUUGCAGAGUUAGACAACAAUACGAUCGCCUGACCGAGUCGAGUUCUUCGACGGCGUUCUUCGCAGAACGUGAGCCUCGUGAAAAGAACGAAACUAGGUCGGUUGACCUGAAAAAGAAAAGUCAAAAUAUUUUCUUUUUUAAAUCACCGAGUUCGAAUUUGAUUAGAUUUUUAGAAUCACGAACUCCUGAAAAAAAUCGAUAUUUUCCAUUUGUCAUAGACUGCAUCGGUUAGAAAGAAUCGAUGAGAAAAGCCUUAAUCCUUUUGUUCAUCGACAUUUGUACAUUCGAUAGAAAUUUACGGUCUUAGAUAGUUUAGAUUUAAGUCAUUCGAUAAUUGUAAUAUUAGGAAUGAAACGUGUCUUUCUAUUAUUAUUUAGCCGAACGAGAAUGCUUCGAGAUAUGCUCCAACGAUGCUCACAUACCUUACAAGUAAUCGUAGAUCUCAUAGAUCUCAUAGAUCUCUAUUUUGUCCCUGAAAGAUUAACAAUUGGUCAUCAAAAUUAUAUAUAUAUAUUUAUUCAUAUUUAUAUUUAUAGUAUGUCGUUUUUAUUUUAAAU